AGGAGCCGAGGAGUCAUGUUGCCGAUUGCCGGCGGACGGCUCGACGGUGCGAUGACCGCCGCGAUUGUCCGAUGGCCACCGCGUACUGGGCGAGGUGACGAAACCCCCAUGCCCUCCGCUUCCCGCCGCAGUCGCCGCCCUAUCUCCUCCAAGAGAGCUGACCCCCACCAUCGAAUCCAAGCCCCCCUGCUGCGCCGUCGCCAGAUCUACACCCCCGAUGAGCUCGCUGGGUGAUACACCCCCAUUUCUCCUCUCCACGGAGAUGCUCCAGUGCAGUGCGCCACACGACCUUGCCGAGCUCGUCCUUUGCAAGCUCGAGGGUAGCGGCGCCGUUUGGCGCUCGCGUAUCUGCAGAUGGGCUCGUUCUUUACAGCCCUCAUUUUGGGCUGGCACGCGAGCAAUCAGGUACAGUACUAGGCAAAAGUGCAUAACAACAGUUUGGCUUGCUAUGAUUUUAUUGCGGGCAUCGACUCUGCUCACCAUCACCGUCGAUUGGUUGUUUGGCUUGCUACUGCCAGUGGCUCUCUCCGUACGUAUUGGUUUGUGCAGGAGUGAUUUGAUAAAUUGGUUUAUAUUUCUGCUGUCAAUUUCUCAAGUUUUGUAGCUCCAAUUUGAUGUUUCAGUUUGAAAUUUUGAUGAACAGAUAAUGAAAGUAAGCUAAAGUUGCUCUGUCAGGAUUUUAUCUGAUGCACUUCCCAAACAGAGCAAUCUGGGCGAGUAUAAUUUCACUGGUUUUAUACUUUUAUUGGUGCACUGUAUUUUACACAUAUUUUACCAGCUGUGUAACUUCUCACAGAUGUAUAUAUUUACGCGGUUGCCAAGCGGGGCCUUAGUGUUUGAGUUAGUCGUUAUGGUAAGGACCGGAGUUGAGCGAACUGGUUAAUACCUUAACGAGAUAUACUGACUACUGAGUCAAGCCAAGUUGAGUCAGCUCGAUUCCUUAUAAAGUGCCUCAAUGUGAAUAAUAAUUGCAAAAGAAAGAAGAAGAUGAAAACUAACUACUUCCUCUGUCCGGCUUUAUAAGCCACCCCCUUUGAAUUUUGAAUUCACUUUUUAACUCAAAAAUUUGAUAAAUAAAACAUUACUUAUAUGCCAAAAAUGCAGAGAGAAGAGGUUUAGGCCAUGGUCGCCGCAGCCACACUCGACACCGUUGGAUGUAACGCUGCUGACAUAUGGAUUAGGGACAUGUUUAAGUUCAAAAGUGUAACCAGCUCCAUCAGUAGGCAUGCACAUGCUCUAAUUUUUUAACCCUGAUGGGCGGGCACGCGGCUCUGUACUGUAGCAAUUGAGCGCCAAGCCCAGGAAUUCAAAAAAGGUGAUAUUUUUAUGAACCUUGUCGGUUGUGUUCAUCUUGCUAUCAUUUUUCGGGUGUUAUUCUCCUGAAUGAGCUUGUGAGUAUUCGGUUGCUGGAAAAAAAAUCAUAUGAGGAACAACAUCUUAUCUAGUUUGAAAACAUAACAUUCAAUUGGCAGAUAUCCAGUAAAAAUCUUUUGCGGGAACUUCAAGACAUAACAACUUAAAAACCGGACUAAGAAUCCUGGACAUUUCCGCUUGCUACUUAUUUUAAUUUCUAUCAGUUAGUUUUUGUGACUUCAAUCUUUUUUCUUACAGUUUAAUAUCACUGUCUCUCACUAACUAAAAAUUCAGUUGAUUUUCACAAGUAAACAUCAUUGAUGAAGAAAAAUAUUUGCUUAACAUGCAAACUGAGCAGUAAGCGACGGAUAAACCCCUAUGAUGUUACCAUGUACAGUAGGUUUAAUUGCCAUCUAUAGACCUGCUAAAUCUCCCUUGAUGGUUCCCGCCAUCCUACACAAUAGGCGCCAGGCACAAAUCCCUGUAAAGUGUAGCAGAUGAGCGGUAGUGAGCGUAGGUUCGACUGAUCCAUGGUUUUGCCCAGCAUUUCUGGAAAAUGUAUACUGAUGUGGUCAAAUUUAGGCUUAAAUUUUCAAGGGACUAAUAAACUCGGAUGGAGAAGUAGCUAUUUUUCUAACAGAGGAUGUUAGGCAGGCGAUGAUGUUUGUAAUGCAGUCCCGUGGAUCCGAACGGGCUGUAUAUUUGAAUAGCUUGCUUGUCGUUCAGCUUAACAGGCUAGCUAGCUGUUGGAACUAUUAUUAAGUAUUAACGACAACCUCGUUUGCUGUUGGUCAAGAUCUAACCUUGGUCUCUGCACAUAUAGGCAUAUAUUUUACCCCAAAGGCCCUGCCUUAGGCCCACCCCCCCCAGCCACCAAGCCUUGGUUAGGUGAUGUCAGUAAUCUGUUCAGUUUGCUGUCGCUGCUCUUAGUUCCUUCCUGCUCUGCUUGGUGUGUCUAAGUUGAAUUAGAUUCGUCUCCUGUUUCCAGCGGUACCCUGAGCAGGGCGUCUAUUACCUGAAGGGGGAAAAUGCCACGCCGUGGGAAGCUUGUUGAUGACAGCGAGUGGAGUGAAGUAGAGUUUGCCAACAGUUAUGCCCUGCUCAUCGGGUACCUGUCCAUGGCCGUCAAGGGCCUGGGUUUUCUGGUGCUUACUUGGACCACUGUAGUUCUUCUGGGUGGCUACGUCUCCACAUUGCAGAAGAAGGAUUUUUGGUGUCUUACAUUCAUUACGCUAGUACAGACAGCUGGGAUCUUCGAUGUUCUUCUGACUGAAAAGCUGAGCUAUAUUAUGGAUUCAGUUUUGGCCCUUUUAUAUGUUCGGGUUGCCGUGGUUGGCCACAACGAAUUGCAGAGUAAACGCCAGGUGCUAGCAGAUGUUAUGGCGAUUGUUCAACUGUUAGUAUUUGUAAUUCUACUGUGCCCACUGGCAGCUGUCUACAUGUUUGGGUUGUUAAUCUCCGCGGGGAUUUCUGUGUGGCGUCUGAGGCAACACGAUUACGGGAGUGAUGCUGACGGACUUGGAAACCUGAAGCCGGCGCUGGACGUCUUGUAUUCCAUUGCUCUACUCCAGGGUGUGAUUUUCUGCUACAAACCUUAUUUGGUUUUGCAAAGGGAUCUGUAGUGAAUGCAGUACUUAAAAGAAGGGGGUUUGGGAAUCAGGUUGUUGGAAUCUCGGACUACUUACUUGAAACGAUGAUUGGAUGUGAAAAGGACCCUUCGUUCGCUAGAGGAAGAAACCUCAUCACAUAUGCUGUCGACCUGAUGGGGUCCAAGUCACCUGAUGACUAUGUUUCGGGGGUAAGGAUCCUGGAUGCAUUUGCCAGAGGAAUGGAGAUAGUUGCCAAGGGAUGGGAAGAAAAACAUCUUGUGAGCCGUCGGAAGAAAUUUACGAUGUUCAUGCAUGAGCACAUACUCGUGAAGCAUCUGAUCAUGUCUGCAUCCUCCACCAACGUACUCCAGAAACUGCUGCAGACUUUAGACUUGAGAAGCAUUCAUGACAGAGAGACGAGAGGGCAUGCUGCGAGGGUUGUGGCCAAGAUUGCUGGAGGCAUCCAUUUGGAGGAGUUCCCUCAUCGACUCAUUUGAAGAAUAUAGUUUACUCCAACCAUACCAGCGAGACUGGUCAAAAGAGACAUUUGACCAAAAUUGGAACAUUAUGGUUGACUACUUGAGAUCACCAGAUUUUGAUGAUAAAGAGGACAGUGAUGAGGACCAGCGAGAGGACAGUGAUGUUGACCUUCUCAACACCUACAAGGAGCUAAUGGUGCAAGGCUUUCGUAUCCUUCAGAAGCUUGCAGCCAAUAAUGACAACUGCAGAGUCAUGCUCAACACCCCACGCCUGCUCCAAAAGAUCAUGGCGCCUGUGACCUCCGACUUACUCCACCAAAUAGAUCAUGAUGAAUGGUCUAGCAUAGUAGAGGGUUCAGUCAAAGUGAUUAUCCGGCUCGUGGCUGCUACUGGGCAGACUGGCACCAAGCUGCGCAGCAAAAUCUCAAGCAGUAAGGAAGUGAUCAGCACCAUGGAGAGGAUUCUCGAGUGUGACAAAUGCAAUGAAAAGCUGCAGAAACAUGCUAUUCAGGUUCUCGCGUUCCUAUACUAUACAUGGAUACAUCUUUGAUCCUCGAGAAUGCAAACAGAGAAAAAUUCAUAGAGAUGCUGCUAGUAGACAUUAUAACUGAUGAUAACAAGGACAAAAAGGACAGAGGACUAACAGCAGCUCCUGCGUUGAUGGCUCUAUGCUCCAAAACUGAAACGGGUGCCAGGAGUAUCAUUAUGGCCAAUGAUAAUGUCGUUAAUAGUCUCGCUAUAAUGAUUCUUGAAAAGGGUAGUUUCCAAUUUACUGCAGCAAAAAUCCUGAAAUCUCUAUGUAUUCAUCACGCCAAUGAUGAUGCAAGUCACAAAAGGCUAAAGAAAGUCAUGAGAGAUGUAGUUCCAAAGGUGCUUGAAGAGAUAGUUUGUUGGGCAUCAGAAGAAACACGUGCAGUAAUAGAAGCUGACAAAGUCAGGUCCACGGAACCAGAAACUGACCUUGAAAACCAGUCUGGUGUUCCACAAGAUAAUGGCCAGGGCAACAGCACGUCUUCCUCUAAUCAGCAAGACCACAAGAUGACCGAGUAUGGGGUGACUUGCAUGUUAUCCUUUUGUGUCACAGUAUGCGACACGUUGAUCAGUGCAGAUCAGGACUUGACUCCUCAGUUUGAAUCAACUAUCCCUAUGGAUGAUGGUUUAUCUAGCUUCCCAAUGAAGCUCCAGCAGAUUGUAAGCAAAAAUAUGCAUCACAAGCCUGACUGCCUGACAAUUGUGAAGCUUGCAUGUAAGAUGGUCAUAUCAAUGAUGAAACACAUGGGCAGCUAUGUCAAAGAGGAUCUGCAGAGCUUGAUGGAUACACUGUCCACCGCUCCGAAUGACAUGUUUCUUCUUGAUGGCUCCAUGGUUUUUGACAUUACGGAAGAUGACGAAACGACACCGGGGCCUUUCAGGAGUCUCGCUUCCCUCGUGAAAGAAGCACAGGAACUAGUUGACAAAAGGAUUGAACUUUGAUGUUGAAACUGUAUCAUCUGGAAGCUGUUUAAGUUAGAACUUAUUAUUCACUUGCUUUCAGUAGCCUUUAUUCAUCUUUGAAACUUUGUGACUGCGACAAUAUAUCUAUGAGUCUCUAUUUGUAUUUUGA